CUACAUUCCGGAAACUUGAGCAAGCUCGGCUGGAACCGCGGCUGUGCGGGACGCAAAGCGAGGCCCAGAUCCGCCCUCUGUGAUGCCCCCACGGAACCUGCGGCUGGGCGGGAGCGACCUCGGCGACCCGGCUAAGUCGAGGCGGAGUUGUGCGCGCAGCCCCGGGCCGAGGGAGGAAAGCUUCCGGAUCCGGGAACGAAUUGCAUGGCCCCGGGGCGGAGAGCAGGAGUUUGCAAAGGGGGUGGGGCCGGAGAGACUCGAGGAAAGCGCCCCGUUUGCCUCCCGGGGCUGGACGGAAGGGGCUCCCCAUCCCCUCCGAGGCCGCUUUGCAAAGGCGCCGACUACAUUUCCCGUCACCCCUCGCUCACGGCCGUGCGUGCUGGGAAUUGUAGUCCAAAAAUUAAAGCACAUUCUCAAGGACUAACGGGUUUCCAGGGCAAGCCUUUCCAGGCUGGUUAAAAGGGCUUCCUGUCAGGUGUGAGCUACGCAAGAUGCCUGUCAGCCUGAAUGACGUCAUGCAGCUCCUAUGCCAUGUGUCUGAAGAGCGGAGAAUGAGGGCGGCCUUCAAGCAUUCGGGGCGAGGAGCGAUCGUGGCUGGGGCAACUGCUUUCUUGGGAGGCCUGGUGGGAGGCCCACCUGGGAUAGCCGUCGGGGGUGCUGUUGGGGGCUUGCUUGGUGCCUGGAUGACCUCUGGGCAGUUUCAGCCCAUCCCUCAGAUCAUCCUGGAACUGCCUCCCGCGGAGCAGCAGCGGCUGUAUGACAACGCCUACGCCAUCAUUGGGAAUUUAGACUGGACCGAUACAGCGCAGCUCAUAGCCCUGGUCAUGGGCAACAGAGCCAUCCAAGACCAGCUGCUCUGCAUGCUGACGAGCUACAUCACCAACGAGCUUAGAGGUGAAAUCAAGUAUGAAAACUAGGGUCUGAUGUGAAAUUGAGUGUGGUUAAACAGACCUCUCCCCACCACCCACCACCCCUUUUUUGGGGGGUAACGUGGGGAAUAUCUUAAAUCUGUUUGGAUCGAUGACUUUUCCCGUUGCAACUGGAGAUUGUGACACUCUUAUCCUCUGUUCCUCAAACCAAUCUCAGAAUAGUGUUUCCAAUGGUUUGAUGAGCCUCUGCCUUUCUACAUCAUUAUCAUCGCUCUGGCUGCUGUGGAUACGUCCAUUUCAGGCCUCAUGUUGACUCGUGAGAGCCACAUGUAUGUUCACUGGAAGUUGACCACUUGUGACUACUAGGAUCAGCCAGUGCUUGCAGCAGUCCUGCCCUGCGGUAGCUGCUUGUGUGUGUGUGUGUAGGUGUAGUGCUGAUCUAUCUGGCGUCCUAACUGAAUAAUGCUGACAAGGGGAUCGUCCUGGUUUAGAUGUC